UUGUCGGGAAAAAGCGACGCACAGUUUAGAUUCAGACGUUAGCUGGUGUGGUUCGCGAGCGCUUGUAUCACAAUAAGAGAGAGAGUAAGGUUUGGGCGCGCAGAUGAAACUAGCGGUAACGGUAACAUCGCGUUUGCUUCUGAAUAGCAAGUGCGAGUGCGAGUGUGAGUGCGGGAGGAGGCGACGUGCCAUUAACAGCAGCACUCUGCUGUUGCUGUUGCUGUUACUGUUGUUGUUAUUGUAGUUAUUAUUGUGUGUUUGCUGAACAAAUAAAGGAAAAACAAAUAUGCGCAUAAAGAAACGGCUUUGAUAUAGUUUCUGAAAUGGAAUGCCAAAUUACAACAAAUUCUAAAAUUGUUGCGAGCUUAUCAACAAAGAUCAGUUAAUAAAAUGUUGAUUGAAUGCAUUUCGCGUUGCAUUCCAUAAACAACUAGAACCAGAGAAACGGAACAGAAAUUGAAAAAAAAAAAGGAAAAACUUAUAAAGCUUAUUAAGCCAAGGGAAAAAACCCACCGAAUAUAUAAGCAAAAUAAUCCCAAUAAAGAGAGAGAGAGAGAGAGAGAGAGAGAGAGAGAGAGUAAAAGAUUCAAGUGACUUUUGCUUGAGACAGCAAAUGAACUUCAAUCCAGAGAGUUUUGUAGCCACAGCAGCUGCAACCGUCCAGAACUCUCAUCAUCCUUGCCAUCAGCCAGAGCAGCAGCAGCACCUGCAGCAUCACAAUAUACCACUGCCGCCCAGUUACGGGAUCGAGAUCAGUAUCGGGUCGGGCAGUGGUAGGAGCAGUGUCGGAGGUAGCGGCGCUGGUGGCGGCGGCGGCGGCAGCGGCGGCGGCGGCAGCGGCAGCGGCGGAGGUGGUAGCAGUUCACCUAAAAUCAUGGAAUGGACCAACGACGAUGCCUUGGAGUUAAUUGAACAGUAUCGCUGCCAUACGGAACUGUGGAAUCGGGCCGAUCCCAAGUACAAGGACAAACUGUGUCGGUUCCGGGCGUGGUCAGAGAUUGCGGAGCGAUUCGGCUGCAGCAAGGCUGAGGUGGAGCGCAAGAUGAACGUGCUGCUGACACAGUACAGGCGCGAGAAGCACAAAAUGUUUGUGAAAAUCUAUCAGGGCAUACAGCCGAAUCCGUCCAAGUGGUAUGCCUUCAAGCGUUUCGAUUUCAUGGAAGCCGGCGGCGGCAGCCUGAGCGGAUUACCAGCCGGCUUGGGCGGCAGUGCCGCUUCGUCAUCGUCCAGCACGACGCACAAUGGACUGAAUGGACUGGCCGCUGCAGCGGUCGCUGCUGCUGCUUACGAGAACAGCACCAUCGCUGCAGCGGCCAAUGGUGGAGCCACCGGCCCGAUGGGGUGUGCAACUGGUGCCACAACAACAGCAUCUGGAGCGGCGAUGCCUGCAUCACAGCACAGACGCAUCAAAACCAAAGAGCUCAAGUAUUUUGGAGCGAUGGGCCUAAAUAUACCUAUGCUGAUAGCAAAUAGUCAAUCGAUGGACAAUUGGAAUACGGCGGGUCAAUACUCGCCGCCGAUAGGUGGCGCUGGUGGCGGUGGUACAGGAGUCGUGGUGCCUAAUGCACAGCAGGAGCAGCAGCUGCGCGUUUCUAUGCCAAUGUCUUAUGGUGCUGGUGGUGCCGGUGGUGCCAGUGGUGCGCCCUAUGCGGUCGGCGGUGGAGCAGGUGCUGGUGGUGCUGGUGGUGCUGGUGGCGGUGGCGGUGGCAGCAGUAGCAGCGAUUUCCAGCCCAGUCCCCAUAAAACCAUCGAUACAUCGGAUAACGAGGAUAACAUUAUGAGAGAUGAGGCGACGGCGACGGCGCUGGGGCAGCUGGCGGCCAAAGUGGAGCGUCGCUCCACGCCGCUAUCCUCCAAUAUGGGCGGUGGCAGCCGCAGCGGCAGCAGAGACGGCGGCAUCGGCAACGCCCUGGAUGCUGGCGAACAUCCUGUCGCCGAGCCAGCGCCCAUUGCGGCCGCCUUGAGCGAGGCCGGUUCUAGUCCAAUACCCAACACAAACACCAACAUACACGAAGCGCAUAAGAAUCACCUACUGAAAUCGAGUCCGGGUUCGGUGCGUGCCGUGACGCCUCGGCAUGCGCAUGAGCAGCUGCAUCAUGGCCAUCAUACGCUGCGCCAGCAUCAGGAUGAACUAGAUAUUAAGCAGGAGCUCGUUGAUUACUUCCAUCCGCCGUCCGUUUCAGCAGCUCCGCCGCCGCCUGACUCACAUCGUUCCUAUAGCUCGUCCGGCGAGGAGAAUCGCCUGCAUUUGGACAUGGCGCAGGACUUGCGCGUUGCCCAGGCCAAAGCUCAAGCCAAUUUCGGCCAGUUCGUGCUGCCGCCGCGCAGCAGCAGCGCCCAAUUGGCAGCGGCAGCGGCGGCUGCCUCCAUGCCCCUAAAUAUGCGCAAACUGACGGCCGGCUCCAGUGCCGGCCACAUGCUGAUGAAUUCCCUGCUCAGCUCGAGGGCGAGCAUGUCGGAUGGCGACGACAAUGAUGAGGCAACCGAGUCGGCAGCUAGUCCUGGCCACAUCAAGAGCAGCGUCUCGGCCCAGGACGCCAGCUCGACGGCGGCAGCGGCUGCUGCGCUAUACGCAGAGAGUCUCACCCGGGACGAUUGUGAUUUCGUGGGCUCCAAUGUGUCGAUGAAGCUGCGCACCAUGGAUCGUACGCAGCGCAUCAUUGCCGAGAAACUAAUUAGCGAGGUGCUCUUCUUUGGCCAGUUCAAUGAGCUCGAACGCACCGCGUGCAUCCAGCCCAAGUGACAACGACAUCUGACCAGAGAGUGGAGGCGGGUAGGUUUAGUUACGGGAACGGGAGCGGGAGCGGGACUAGGCAUGGGAAUGGGAAUGGGUUAUACAGCUGCGAAUGGCAUGGCAACGGGUUUGGAAAUGGCUUGGAACAUGGCAAAUAGACCUAACCAAAUUUCACUGUGAAAUAACCAAGAAAACAACAACAACAACAACAACAAAAUACAAAACAGUACAAUUUACUUUUAGUUAAUGCGAGUCCUAGGGCUCAUCUGUACAAAGCACAUGUGGGCAUAUGGGGGGCGGGGAAUGGCAGCGUUACUUAGGCAUAAUAGAACAGCUAUAUAUGUAGUCAGUGACAUUCAGUGAUUGAAUAAUAGAGUCAAGUCGAAAGCAAUUUCCAAUCGACUGUCUAUCAAAUAUACAUCUAUAUAUAUAUAUUUGAGCUCACAAUUGCAAAACACAAAACUAAACGACAGAAUCUCAGUAUUACUUAUAAACAACAACAAACAAACCAACAAACAAAAUACAUAGCUAUAUGUAGCAUAUACCAUAUACAUACGUACAUAUAUAGAUAGAUAGAUAGAUAGAUAGAGCAGCUAUAGCAAUAUCUAAUCUCAGCAAGCAUUUGCCAUGUUGGGCCAACAGACCAACCAUGUCCACCUGGGGUUACCUUUGCCCAAGAGAAUCACGCCCACGUUGGGCGUAAAAUGACGAAAGACAAAAGUUGACCAGUUGCUGGUCAAAGUGCUGAAUAGAGUGCAUUCAAUUUGCAAUUUGAUGGAUCGAAAAUCUCGUUCGUUUCGCAUUGGUUCGGGCAGAACCAAAUGAUGUACAUACAUACCUAUAUAAAAUAGCAACAUGUACAGAUCUAUAUGUUUUUAUAGUUAGUAGUGUUAUACAUAUACAUAUAUAUACAGAUACAAUACAUAUAUAUAUAUAUAUCGAUGUACCUUAUUUUAACAACAAAGAGAAAUGUUUUUGUAGUCAUUUAAGUCUGGUCGUUAACUUACAAACACCAACACACCAACAAUACAGCAACUGAAACCAACCAACAAACCAACAAACCAACAUAGCACUUAAUUUAAGUUAUCUAACAAUCCAUCGGCGAGCAGAGUGCGUAGAUCUAAAUAUGAAUAUGAGUAAAUAUAUAAAUAUAUGCACUAUAUACAAAUACAUAUAUAUAUAUUAAAAUGUAUAACUAAUGCUAUACAGGUCGUCACUAGUUGUUAAUAAACCAAACAAAUAAACAAAAAAUUGAAAAAAAAAAUACGAGAAAAACAAAAACAAAAAUACACUAUUAUAAAUAAAUAUUGUAAUAUUAUUGUACAUUAUUUUGCGUAAUGAUGUUUGCUUAAUGUUUAAGUAGACUUAGU